AUGAAUCCAACUACGCACAAGUUAUUGAUUCAUGGAUGUCAAAUAGCAGAAAAUUUUCCUCUUCCAAUCGCAUAUUUUGCUGAAGAUGGUUUGGAAUCAUGGCAUAAAUACUUCAGAUCAAACACAACUCAUCAUUGUCGUCAAAGUUCUCGUGAAAAUCGUACCCAAGAUUUAUACAAUAGAGCAAUUGAAAUGAGUGAUCCUGCAAUAUCUCUGAUGGGCAUAAAGAAGAGAAUAAUCAGAAGAAAGGCCAUUCUCAGAAAACAUGGAAUCCCAGCAAAUAUUCGAAAGUAUAUUCAAGAGAAUCUUCUCAAGUCAUCAAUUGAAAUUGUAGAUUCCGACGAAUACUCUGACACUGAAGAUGAAUAGGGUUAUAAGUUCAUUACAGGCGCGCAGUCUUAUGAGCAACGAGUUUCG